AGCCGCUUCUCAUUGUGUAACACUGAGUUGCGCCGUCUCUGCGCUUCACUCUAACGUCAGGCGGCGGCGGCGUGACGCGUCUUUACGCUCUCCUUGAGCGGCGGCGUCACUCCCAUGUGGGGACACUGGUGGCGUAAUCAUUUUGUGUGAAACAGGCCCCAAGGAGAUUGAGCCUGUGGGGGUAUGGUUUUGUUUUAGGUCAUGCAGCAGCCUGUUAUCUUGAACAACUUCACCUUCCAUAAUGGAGAUUACAAUUGCUUUCCAGGGAAGUAUGCACUCCCUACUACCCCAAGGAACAUGGUUAUGCAUUUCCAUGAUGAGGUUGCUUCCUCCUAUCUUCCUGUAUACAAACUACAGGGCCUAAAUAUUUGCAGAGGAGGACUGCAAAACUGUCACCAAAUGUAUUUUCCUGUAGCUAAUGACUGUGCUACAGUAGGAAGUUCUGUGACUUUUCCUUCUUUCCCAGUUCAGGAUACGUUUCAUCAAAGCAUCCCUGCCCAAAAUGAGUUUCUGUAUAGUAAUGCAGUGAACCCUGCAGAGACCACGUGCCAAAGUUGUAAGGAAAAGAAAAGAGAAAUACUCAGCAGGCAGGUGGCUGACAUAGUAAGCCAACAUGGGUGCCUUGAAGUCAACAGUAAGGAGAUUUUGGGAUGGUAUAUAAUGCUUUCUGAGGAAGAUCGUAGAAUAAUUAAAGAAUCUGGUUCCCUUCAUAGAUUUCUACAAGACAAUACUUCCGUUCUCCAAGUAAAGGACAAAUGGGUGAUGCUUAAGGGCUUCCUCUGCAAGAACCUGAAAAAAUAUUCUGCAAAGGGGCACAGCUUAAACAAAGCAAAUCAGGGAACAUUCCACUGUGUUUGGUCUUGUGAAAACUGUGGCUUCAUUAACAGCCUUGAUAUGGCAGUUUGCAAACAGUGCCACAGUGCUGCAAAGCAGCUGGAGCAGAGCAGUGUCAGAGCAGAUGACUUUGCAAAUUCUGGCAGCAAGAUUGGUGAUUUAACUGUAGACAAAAAUCUGACACAAACAAAAAGCAGAAGCAAAACAGCAGUUUGCUCUGAAUUGAUGUUUUGUACCAGCAACAUAGAAAAUUUUGUGUCAGAAGAAAACUGUCAAAAAAAAGCGAAUACUCUUUAUGGAGGAAGUCAAAAUCCUACGGCCUUUGAGCAGAAAAAAAUAGAAACCUGUAUACUAAAGAAGGCUUCAAAAGGCAUACAGGAAAGUGAUGCAACUAAGCCUGUUCAACUAAUGGAUGACCAUAAACUCAAAGAAAAAUAUGUCAUAUCUAACACUAGCACGUUUAGGUCUAUAGAGAGAAUUUAUGCAACAGUUGGUAAACUGCAGGAGAACCCUGCUGAUGUGCAAACGGAUACUUGGGACACAGAGAAGUGGGAAGAUUUUGUCCUUGCUCCUGAUUCAAGGCACUUAUUCCAGUCAGAGCCCCAUAGGAAAUCCCCAAGUAUUUUCAGCUAUUCAGAAGUAGAAAGUCUGGAUAUUUUGAGUGAAAAGGAAAAGCCCCCUGGGCCACAUCAAUAUCCGUAUGAAAAGCCGAACAAUUCUAUCUUACAUCAGCACAAAGAAAAUGUACCCAACGCUUGGGAUGUAUUGGAAGACUCAGGAAUAACAGGAGAUCAAGUGUUAUGCAAUGAGUCAGGCUGCAAAGAAUGUCAUGAGGACCUUGGACAAAAAGAAAAACCUUCACUUCUACAAAAAUACCUCACAGAUUAUAUUAAGAAAGAUGUUAGCCAAGAGUGUUUACCUGGCGACAAUUUUGAUGAUUUCUUUUCUGUUCGAAGUAGCAGCUGUUGUAGCAUUUGCAGCAACUCUAGUUUACCUUUCUCACUCGAUGAUCUUAAUGAUACUGAAUACUGCUGUUUUGAAGAGGCAGUGGAUGGUCAUUCAAUUCAAGCCUUAAAUACACUUUCUAAAAAACCCGAGUGUAUGGUAAGUGCAACCUCCAGCAGUGGAAGUGCCACCUUCAUUCCAUCCACCAUGGUGUCAGAAGGUGUGAAUACUGAAGUGACUGGUUUAAACAUACCGGGUUUAGAGGAAGCAAGAGCAAAUAGUAAAAGAACUGUAUCCAGCAACACAGUACCCUCAUGGAUAUUAAGCUGCGUAACCGAGGAGAAGGAAUCUCAGACUAUUAACACAGAAACACAACAUGUUUCUGUAAACACCGAUUUAUCACUAGCUUUUUGCAGCACCACGGCUCAGAAUAUACUGAAUGAACGAGCAGGUGAUUCCUGUGGUAAGGAUGGUCUUGCAGUGAACUGGAAGGCAAAAUCCAGAGAUGAGUUAAUGCGAAGAGUAUUAAAGACAGAACUGCAGCUUCUAAAUACUCAGCGUAUGUUCUGUAGGCAGCUUUGCUGCCAAGCUCAUCAGCGGUCUUUGGAGAAGCAAUGCGCCCUCAGCCUGAAUGGAGCAUCAUUUGAACAGUUAACAGAAACUUCUCCUUUAAACUUGGCAUCUGUUUUUUCUGAAGUUGAAGAAAUCUAUGAAAAGAUGAAGGCAAGAAUACUUUCAGGAGUGGCUCUAGAGGACAUGGUUCCUUUGUCUGCACAACUUACAAAAGUGGAUAUAGCAGCAGAAUAUCCAGAUUUCCAGCCAAAUGUUGAAGUGUUCAAAAGUAUUUGUGAUGGAUUUGUUGACAAAAACAAGGAUACUUUGAUAAGCAGUUUGCAAGCUCAAGACCAAAGUAUAAAACAGAAAGAUAAUAGCCCAACUUUAGAUGCCACUGAGGAUUGGUUUGAUGCCCAGGAGAAUAUUACAGUGGAAUGUCCCAAGGAUUUGUCAGAAUGUAUCAAAGAGCUGGAUAAAAAAGAGGAUGUUUCAGAGGAUAAAAAUGCUGUGAUUGUUAUGUCAAGUGACUUAAGUAAGAAAGAAACCAAAAAGUCUGCCUCAAGCCAAUCAAGAUGUGUAUAUGUUCAUGUUGGAAAUAUAGCACAUUCUGUUACAGAGGAGAAUUUGUUGAUGCAUUUUGAGAAGUACCAUGUGUGUAAGGUUUUUCUUCAGAAACUAUCCAUGAAAUCCAGCUAUGCUGUUCUUACUUUUGAUGAUGCCUCCCAAGCACAAGCAGCAGUUAAGGAAAUGGAUGGAAAGGACUUAAGUGGAAGAAAAAUUAAAGUUCGCUACAUCAAGGAAUCACAAGAUACUGUAAUAGAGGUAUUUCAAACAUUAAUACCCGACAGUACCAAGACUGAAAACCAAAGGCCUAUGGUAUUUGCAUCUAAACCCUCUUCAAAGAACAUCGACACCAGACCUAUAUUAAGCAAAGCAACACCUGCAAGUCGUGCUGAACCCCAGAAAACAUUGUCUUAUAAAAAACCAGAGGACAUUGCAUGGAACACACAAAAUUAUGGAAGACCUGUUUCUCAAACAGUGCCAUACUGUGCACCUCCUACCUCUCCAAACAUCUUUCCCCCAGUACCCCCUUGGAUGGCACCAUCUUUAUUGUCUUCACUGGUGACAUUCAAUAGUAUGCACAAUCCAUGGAUUUUUACAUACUCUGGCCCACAAUACCCACCAUUAUAUCCUCCACAUGCUCCUGUGUGUGCCCCCUUUCCUCCUCAAGCAUCUUAUAUGCAGGCAAAGUCAGUGCAAAAUUCUUUGGGAACAAUUACAAUGAAUGAAAAGAACGACGUGUGUGGGUCUACCAAGCCAUCUGAACCAAAAAAAGUUAGCAGUAAAGGCUCUAAUAUUUUGUCAUCCAGUGUAAACAAUUUAAUGCAGAUGACACAAAGUUUGAAAGAAGUGCCAGUUUCCAGAGCUGCGACUGUGGCAGCACCAGUUAAAAUGGGCACUGCUCAAACAGAAGGACCACCCUUUGCAUCUAAUGCCAGCUCUCCCAAAACAAAGGCACCUGCUAAAACAACCCCUGCUGUUUUAGGGAAGCCAAGUUCUGCUGACCACCUCAGAGUGCAGUCUUUGGAUCCCAUCAGUGUUGCAACAACUGAAAUGACAAAAACUGUAGAAGUGACUCAGAUUUCAUCCACAACAGUCCCCUUGAGAGCACCAUCAUUUCUUCCUUUGACAGUGACAAUUCCCAAGCAGGGGAGCAGUGACACCAAUCAUCACUACACAGAGCCUCUUUCAGAUUCACCAAGUGCACCUACAGGUCAUUCCAGUUUAAACCACCCAGUAAAUGCAUCUGUAGCCUUCAAAAUAUCUUCUAAGCCUGUGUCUGCAACAAAGAGAGACCAGUUUCACAUUGAUGAGGAACUUAAAGUGUUGCCUGAGUUGGACCUAUCAUCUGAGCUACCAGUAAACAUCAUACCCAACAGGCUGAAUCUCAGCAGCUUCGACAGAUUAAUGACACGACUGACAGCCUUGCAUCCAGAAGUCAGCAGUGACGAGAUCGUCAGUACAUUGCAGGAAUUGAGAGCAAGCAGGGGUGGCUUCCUCAGUGGUUUAUCCAUUGAAUACCUUGUAAGAAAGGUUUCAUCAAUGCUGACAAACAAGCCAAAAGUAUAGGCAUGCAAGACUGGAGAAACAGUGCCAUUAUUCAUGCUGUGAACAUUUUUUUUUCACACUUUUCCUUCAUUGUUCAUGAUGUAGUGGCAACGUGUGCCACAAUAUUUAGGUUUUGUUUGUGAAAUGUUCUGUUCUUUUGUUUCUUUCUGUUGGGUUUUUGCUGCAUUAAUAAAAAAAUU